UUCACUUUGUCAGUUUGAUGAGUGUUACUAAAAUGGAAUACCUUGGAAAUACCUUUCAAAGAAGGAAGAAGAGUGUGAUUCAACCACCUCCAUCUCGGCCAUAUUAAUGGCAAAUGCCCAAAAAUAACCAUCCUUGAAAAUCUUUUAUUGUCUAAUCUGUCUAAAAUGGAAAUUUUGGCACCUUCCCCAACUCAUCAUCCCCCAUUCCUUCAUCAAUGCAUUUACUCUAACCUCCAUUAUUGUUAUCAUCACAUCAUCACUAAUAUCUCACUUCGUAUAUCUACACAUUCACACUCACCCACCAAUUCCAUUAUUUAUUAUUAUUAUUAUCAAACUUUUACUAUUUCAAUAGUGUCUUUUACCCACAUUUCUUGUACUUACUUCAUACCAUUUUGAUGAUAUUUCUCACUCAUGGUUGUUUUAUGAUCAAAACCAUUAAAGGGCUUUGCUUUUCUUGGAAGAAAGUUGAUUAAUUUGCUGAAAUCUUGAAGGUGAAAUACUAACAAAAGGGGUAGCUUUGAUUUAGGUGGAAAUUGUACCAAUAUGUUCCAAUCAUUUAAUAUAAAUACAGUUGGGAAAUUAUGAAGCUUGAAUGGAGGUGGGUUGUUAAUAAAGUUAUUUAAUUUGUCAAGGAAAAAAGGCUCUUUCUUUUGAGGUGAAUAUAGUUAAAGGUACAGGCGGGUUCUUGUGAUCUUGGUAGUCUCAUUUAUUUACAAAGGUGAAAGUUUAGAUUUUUUGAAAAAAUUAUGGUGGGAAACAUUGAGGUUAUGACACCGAAUGUGUAUUCAAAUGGGGUGAUUUCGAUUGUUAAUGGUUUAGAAGAGAAAUUGGACGAAUUUCGACGUGUUCUUGGAAAAUCUGAUGGUGAUUUGUUAAAGAUUGUUGGAGUUGGUGCGGGUGCCUGGGGUAGUGUUUUUGCAGCAUUGCUUCAAGAUUCUUAUGGCCGGUUCCGUGACAAGGUACAAAUCAGGAUAUGGAGAAGGGGUGGAAGAGCGGUUGAUAGAGCCACCGCUGAACAUUUGUUUGAAGUGAUAAAUUCAAGGGAAGAUGUGUUAAGGAGGUUAAUUAGGCGGUGUGCAUAUUUGAAAUAUGUUGAAGCACGAUUAGGUGACAGGGUUCUUUAUGCUGAUGAGAUUUUGAAAGAUGGGUUUUGCUUAAAUAUGGUAGAUACACCACUUAGUCCCAUGAAAGUUGUAACUAAUUUGCAGGAAGCGGUUUGGGAUGCUGAUAUUGUGGUGAAUGGUUUGCCUUCGACAGAAACCCGUGAGGUUUUUGAAGAAAUUAGGAAUUACUGGAAAGAGAGAAUUAAUCAUCCUAUCAUUAUAUCCUUGUCAAAGGGCAUAGAAGCUGCUUUAGAUCCAGUUCCUCAUAUAAUUACUCCAACGCAAAUGAUCAGUCGGGCAACUGGAGUUCCAACAGAAAACAUUCUGUAUCUUGGUGGACCAAAUAUUGCUUCUGAGAUUUACAACAAGGAGUAUGCCAAUGCUCGGAUUUGUGGGGCUGAAAAAUGGAGGAUACCACUUGCAAAAUUUCUAAGGCAACCCCAUUUCAUCGUAUGGGACAAUAGUGAUCUCGUCACACAUGAGGUUAUGGGAGGGUUGAAAAAUGUCUAUGCAAUUGGAGCUGGAAUGGUGGCAAGUCUGACUAAUGAAAGCGCUACAAGCAAAUCAGUGUAUUUUGCACACUGCACAUCAGAGAUGAUAUUCAUCACUCAUUUAUUAACUGAAGAGCCAGAAAAGCUAGCAGGCCCGUUGCUUGCAGACACAUAUGUGACACUUCUGAAAGGACGUAACGCGUGGUAUGGGCAAAUGAUUGCUAAGGGAGAACUGAGCCUCGAUAUGGGUGACAGCAUCAGUGGCAAGGGGAUGAUCCAGGGAGUUUCUGCAGUCGGAGCUUUUUUUGAGCUUCUGAGUCAAUCGAGCUUGAGUGUAUUGCAUCCAAAUGAAAAAAAGUCUGUUGCACCAGUUGAGUUGUGCCCUAUCCUGAAGACGCUAUACAAAAUACUCAUAAAAAGGGAACAAGAUUCACUAGCAAUUCUUGAGGCACUUAGAGAUGAGAGGUUGAACGAUCCACGGGAAAGAAUCGAGAUUGCUCAGAGCCAUGCAUUCUACAAGCCCUCUCUUCUUGGCCAGCCUUGAUGCUGCCUGUUAGGAUAUUGAUCAUGUAACAGCAUUUGCACUUUGCAGAGUGAUGCCUACUAUUAAUUCUUUUCCUUCAAACAAUUAUUAUAACUGCCGUAAAUCUCUAUUAAAUAGAUAAUGGCAUUUUUCCGAGAUGCUAGUAUUUUUAAAAA